AUGAAUCUGAAUCCUCGGCUUUUCAUCAAUGGAGCGCUCAACACCGUUGACGACAUUGUCGGCGAAGCGUUUGAUUUCUUUGCCAGGGUCAUCGCUAUUGAUCAACUUGGGUGGGGUGGAUCAAGUAGACCUGAUUUAACGUGUAAAAGCACAGAAGAAACAGAGGCAUGUUUUAUAGACUCAUUUGAGGAAUGGCGUAAACCCAAGAAUCUCAGUAACUUUAUUCUGUUAGGGCACUCUUUUGGUGGUUAUGUUGCUGCUAAAAACGCUAUUAAGCAUCCUGAGCAUGUUCAACACUUGGUUCUGGUGAGAUCUGCUGGAUUCACUGCAGAAUCAGAUCCCAAGUCAGAAUGGCUCACUAAGUUCAGAGCAACGUGGAAAGGUGCAGUCCUGAAUCAUUUAUGGGAGUCUAACUUCACUCCUCAGAAGCUGGUUAGAGGAUCAAGUCCUUGGGGUCCAAGUCUUGUAAACCGGUAUACAAGUGCAAGAUUUGGUGCACAUUCUGAGGGAACUGAGCUAACAGAUGAGAAAUCCAGAUUGCUUACCAUGCCAACAACUUUUAUAUAUGGAAUGAAUGAUUGGAUGAACUAUCAAGGCGCAGUGGAAGCGAGGAAACACAUGAAGGUCCCUUGCGAAAUCAUUCGUGUUCCACAGGGUGGCCAUUUUGUGUUCAUAGACAACCCAUCUGGUUUUCAUUCUGCAUUGCUUUAUGCUUGCCGUAAGCAUUUAUCUGAAGACCAAGACUCCUCUCAUGAAGAACAACUCCCAGAUGUUUUACGAUUGGUUUAG